AUUCCAUUUCCUAAAAAAAGAACAGAUCAAUACGAAGAAAGCGAAUCUAGGGUUUUCAUAAUCUCAACGAAGAUGGCGAUGCAGAAGGCUAAAGAGAUCGUUUCCACCAACGCCGUCGUUGUUUUCAGCAAGUCGUAUUGUCCAUUCUGUGUGAAAGUGAAGGAGCUUUUGCAACAGUUGGGAGCUAAAUUCAUCGCCAUUGAGCUCGACAAAGAGAGUGAUGGUAGCCAAGUUCAAUCGGCUCUUGCAGAAUGGACAGGACAACGCACCGUUCCCAAUGUGUUUAUAGGUGAAAAACACAUCGGUGGCUGCGACGCUGUAACCAAACUCCACAGUGACGGUAAGUUGGUUCCUCUGUUGACUGAAGCUGGAGCUAUCGCUGCAAAAACGGGAUCUACUUCUGCUUAAAAGAUCACAUCAUCCAUUUUGUGAUUUGCUUCUACCAGGAAUAAAAGAGAACAAGUUUCAGGAAUAAAUGUCAACUUUGUCUGAAAUGUUUUAAAGUUGUGGCUAUGUCGAAGUCGGUAUUUUGAACUUCUGAUACAUUUACGUUAUAAUAAUCUUCUGAAUUUGCUAGUAAUUUAAUAGUAUCUCGUAUCAUUUUGAUUGGAAAC